AUGUCUGAGGUCUCUAGUUUUGAGGACGAAUUCGAAAAUCAAGAUCUCUUGAAUUUAUUGGAUGAUAUUGCAAGUUGUGGCGACGAAUUUGGCCGAUUGGAAAGUCCACUAACUCUAGACAGUCCUUUCUAUGCCAGUCAACAUCCACCAUCACUGCAAAAUUGGCUACCCUUAAAUAAACCUCUUGAUAUCAAGUCGUUAAAGAAAAAAGUAGUCUCAACUACUUCUGCUAUGAAAAGGAAACGAUAUGACAAAGAUAGCGAAACAAGACAAGAUAGGAAUCAUAGCAAGAAGAAGAAGAAAAAUGCAAUCUCAACUGUACGCCGAACAAGAGCUAACGAACGAGAGCGCAAUCGAAUGCAUAACUUGAACGAUGCAUAUGAAGAACUGCGUAAAGUUGUCCCCCACUAUCCUGCGGAUAGAAAAUUAUCCAAGAUUGAAACAUUAAUAUUAGCACAAAAUUAUAUUUUAUCUCUAUCCGAUUUAUUAUUACAGCGCACAUCAGCCGAUUAUCAACAAAAAAUUAAUAAAGAAUUUUGCUCACAACCUUAUUCGCCAUCAUCAACACCUAUCGCGACUACGACUAGCAAUAGUCGUGACAGUGAUGACGAUUCCUCAUUAAGCUCACCGUUAGAUUUUAAUGAUGACCCCGUAUCUCCAUUUGAUAAUGGUAUAGACAUGGAAAUGAACGUUGUUGCUUUUUAA